AUGAGUUCGAUUGCAUUAUUCAAUGUGUCAGGUAUGACGUGUGGCGCAUGUACAGCUUCAGUAACAGAAGCGUUGACAAGCAAGAACGGGGUGGAGAAUGCAUCCGUAUCAUUGAUAACAGAAGAAGCAAAAGUAACGUACGAUGAAGCAAAAAUAACUAGUUCAGAGUUGAAAGAAGCUAUAGAGGAUUGUGGGUUUGAUGCGGUAUUAACUAAGAACAAUCAUUCCACUGGUUCCGGAGAAUUGAUGUUCUUAACGAAAGUGUCUAUUCAGGGUAUGACUUGUGGAUCGUGCUCUGCGUCAAUCACUGAGGCAGUAGAGAAAUUGGAAGGUGUUGAGGAAGUAUCGGUAUCAUUGAUGACCGGUGAUGGAUCUAUUAGGCAUUCGGGAGUUAGCGAUACUACUAUCAAAGACACUAUAGAAAAUUGUGGAUUUGAUGUGCAGGUUGCUUCUACGAUGCCAGUUGGUAACGGGUCAGAAAAGAACCACGUAAUUGUCACAACCCUUUCUAUUUCGGGCAUGACUUGCGGUGCUUGUAGCGCAUCAAUCACCAGCGCUUUGGAAAACAAUGAACAUAUCUUGGAUGUAUCUGUUUCGUUACUCACAGAACAAGCGGUGGUUAGGCAUAGAGAUAGCAUUGCCACCACAGGCAUAACGGAAAUUAUUGAAGAUUGUGGUUUUGGCUGUACUAUUGAAUCGUCAGAAAUUGAACAUCUCUCUUCAGGCAAGCAUGAAGAAUACGAAGAGGAACAGCUUACAAUGCAGAUUUUCGGAAUUAAUGAACAUACAGACUUGACCAAUUUACAAUAUAAUAUAGAAGCGCUUUUAGCGAAUUAUCCUGCUGUUACUGACUUCCAAUUGGCAUUCAAAAAUAGUUCCAAUAAUAAUGCAAAUGGUCCAAUAAUGUCGGACGCCAAUACUUCAGCAAUCCAAGCUAUAAGAUCUCGCGACAACCAAGAAAUUUAUGAAGACAAUGACAACUUUAUAGAUGAAUUAUCUGUUGUUUAUAAUUCAUCGUCACUUGGAAUACGACAAUUAGUUGAUGCUUUAAACAACCUAACGGAUGAAAUUGAAUUUAUCGUUGUUAAUUCCGUUGACCAAUCGUCUGCAUCGCAAUUACGAUUGUUAUCGAGGGUUAAAGAUAUUCAAUAUUGGAAAACCAAUUUAACUCAUUGUUUAAUAUUUGGGCUUCCGGUGAUAUUACUUGGCUACACUCAGAACUUAGAAAUAUGGCGUAAGCUAAUGAUUUUUCCAGGCUUAUACCUCAUAUCAAUUAUACAAUUUGCUUUGACAAGUCACGUCCAAUUUCACCUGGGCGCUGUAUUUAAUAAAAAAUUUAUUCAAUUUAUUAAAAAUAGAGGUAAAAAUGCUACAAUGGACGUCUUGGUCUGCAUUUCCACUCUGGUCUCGUUUAUUUUCUCAAUAUUUUCAAUUGUCUUGAGUGUUUGGUCUGGGCAAACAAAUAAACCACCAAAGCUUUUGUUUGAGACCGCUUGUAUGUUGUUUACAUUUAUUUCUUUUGGGAAAUGGUUAGAAAAUAAAGCCAAAGGGUCUACCUCGACAGCAUUGUCAAAACUAUUGUCGUUAACCCCAACUAACUGUACAAUCGUUAUUGAUGUUGAUAAGUAUGAAGAGUUCCUCAAAUCACAAAAUGCCGAAUCUGGCGAUAAAUCAACUUCCAAUGCUAUUAUUGAUUUACCAACUAGAAAUAUUGCUAUUGAUUUAAUCGAAGAAAAUGAUAUAGCUAUUGUCUUGCCAGGUGCAAAAGUUCCGGCGGAUGGUAUUAUUGUUUUAGGGGAGACUGAAAUUGAUGAGUCUAUUAUAACUGGAGAAUCGUUACCUGUAAUUAAAAGUAAAGGUGAUCAUGUUAUUGGAGGCUCCAUUAAUGGGCCUGACUUGAUCCAUAUCAGGGUGUUGAGAACUGGUAAGAAGUCACAAUUGCAACAAAUUAUUAACUUAGUAAAGGAAUCGCAAGUUAAUAAGGCUCCGGUCCAGAGAUUUGCUGAUUAUAUUGCAGCUAGAUUCGUUCCUACUGUUCUCGUCUUGGCGACCAUUACCUUUUCAUUUUGGUUAAUUAUUUGUUAUGUCAUUCAUAAUGAAAGUACAACCUUACCAAAUAUUUUCCAAACGGACAUGAAUGGAAAAUUUUUCGUUUGUUUGAAACUAGGAAUUUCUGUUGUCGUAGUUGCAUGUCCCUGUGCAUUAGGCUUAGCUGCACCGACUGCUGUUAUGGUCGGCACAGGGGUAGGAGCAACAAAUGGCGUUUUGAUCAAAGGUGGCGAUGUAUUGGAAAAAGCAAACGAGAUUAAUAUUAUACUUUUUGACAAAACAGGUACUUUAACAACAGGUGAUAUGAGUAUCAGUAACAGCAAACAAAUAUUGAAUGGACCACUUAGCUUGUCUGAUUGGUGGAAUUUAGUAGGAUCAGUUGAAGCCAAUUCAGAACAUCCAGUAGGAAAAGGUAUUGUAAAAGCUGCUAAAGAGAAAUUGAAUCUAACUUUUGAAGGGGAUGCAUUUAAUACGACCAUUCAUGACUUUAAAGUUUUAACUGGGUUGGGUAUUAGAGCAACUAUACAACUACCAAAUUUGCAGAACAACAGCUUCACGGUUUAUAUUGGUAAUAACCGAAUGAUCGAAAGAGAAUUUACUGAUUUAAAGCCGAUCUUAAACGAACAUUUGUCAGGCAACUUAGAUAACUCUACAAAUACUCUAGCACAUGUGAUUAUUAAUAACAAUUAUAGUGGGUAUGUGGAAUUGAGUGAUACAUUAGAUCCACAUACCAGAGAUGUUAUUGAUUAUUUACAAUUCGAAAAGAAUUAUAAGGUCGGUAUAAUUACUGGUGAUCAAAAGGGUGCAGCCAUGAAAGUAGGCAAGCAAUUAGGAAUACCUGCUUGUAAUAUUUUUAGUGAGGUUUUACCAAUCCAUAAGGACAAAGUAAUAGUUGAUUUGAAGAGAAAAUUUGGCGGUGAUGGUAAUGUAGGUAUUGCAUUCAUUGGAGAUGGUAUUAAUGAUGCGCCAGCUCUAGCCCAGGCGGACAUUGGUAUGGCAAUCAGUUCGGGAACCGAUAUAGCUAUUGAGUCAGCGGAUAUUGUUUUGAUUGGCAAUGGCCAAGGUCAACGGUCUCACUUAUUUGGAGUCCCAAUAGCGUUAGAUAUUUCUCAUGCAACAUUUACGAGAAUUAAAAUGAAUUUCUUGUGGGCUGCUAUCUACAACAUUAUUAUGUUACCAUUUGCGAUGGGAUGUUUCUUGCCAUUAAAUAUUAUGUUACCGCCUGCUGCCGCUGCCGCUGCCAUGGCAUUGAGUUCUGUUAGUGUGGUUAUUAGUUCGUUAUUAUUAAAAAACUGGAAGGCUCCGAAAGUUAUAGAUCAUGAUUCGCAAUUCAAAUCUGACGUUGAAAACGAAAUAGGAACGGGGUUCAGCUUGAAAGAUUCUACUAUAGAAGAAUUUAAUAGAACUAAAAGAACUGGUAAUAAAAGUCGGUUCCUGAGAAUUUUAAGCAAACUUAAAAGAAACCGUCCAUCGAAUAGCAAUACGUAUGAGAUGCUUCCUACAGCAUAG